AAAAGUAAGUCAUAGACAAAUACUAUUUAUGUCCGCCAUUCAUUCUUUUGAGUUGCUUUUUCGUUUUACGAUUCCGUAGAGAGCACGAUUUGUCAUCGAGAUCUACGCAACACCAUUGCUUGGAAUUAAUUACGUAGAAGCAAAGAAAACAAGUGCGCUUUCGCAUCCACGUAUCACCAAGACCAACAAAGUUUAGUGAAAUAUUCUCUUCUGACACUAGAUCAUAUCUUUCUACCAGUGAUGCUUCUCCUUGCCUUAUACGUUGUUGGAUGCGACGUUAACUCGAGUGCCUGAUGGUGUUGGAAUUAUGUGCGAUUAAAGGAACAACAAAGACGGACUCAGAAUGGGAGCCUUUUUGAACAAACCUGAGACUAAGAAAUACAACGAGAGCGGAGAAGGUAACGGUCUUCGAUAUGGCGUGGCGUCAAUGCAGGGUUGGCGCGUGGAGAUGGAAGAUGCCCAUCACGCUCAGCUUACUUUAAACGGUACACUGUCCGAUUGGUCUUAUUUUGCGGUGUUCGACGGACACGCAGGAGCGCGGGUAUCGGCGCAUUGCGCGGACAAUCUAUUAGAAUGUAUCUUACAAACGGACGAGUUUCGGCGGGAGGAAAUAGCCGAGGCGAUACGAGCUGGCUUCUUGGACCUAGAUAAAAAGAUGCGAGAGUUGCCGGAGCUAUCUAACGGCGGGGAGAAGUCGGGUUCCACGGCGGUGUGCGCUUUCGUUUCACCCAAGCAGAUAUACAUAGCGAACUGCGGCGACUCUCGCGCAGUGCUGGCUCGAAACGGAGCACCGAUAUUCGCAACGCGCGAUCACAAGCCAGAGUUGCCAUCAGAAAAGUCGCGUAUUGUCCAAGCCGGUGGGUCUGUUAUGAUACAGCGCGUAAAUGGAAGUUUAGCGGUGUCGCGAGCACUGGGGGACUACGAGUACAAGAAGGUGCUAAACCGUGGUCCGUGCGAGCAGCUGGUGUCACCGGAGCCUGAGGUGUCGGUGCACGAGCGGUCGGAGUCAGAGGAUGAGUUCCUGGUGCUGGCCUGCGAUGGGGUGUGGGACGUGAUGACCAACGAGGCGCUCUGCGCGUAUGUCCACUCUCUGCUGCAGCUAACAGAUGACCUUGUUACUAUAACCAACCAAGUCAUAGAUACAUGUCUCUACAAGGGCAGCAAAGACAACAUGAGCAUUGUUCUUGUGGUGUUCCCUGCGGCACCGAAGCCGAGCCCGGAGGCGCAGCGUGCUGACCGCGACCUGGACGAGACGCUUCGGCAGAGGCUGACAGCACUGAUCGAGCGCAAUGCCAACCGCGAGGACCGCGACGACAUGACGUGCCACUUCUCGUCCGUGCUGAAGCAGCUGGUGGAGGAGGACAUACCUGGUCUGCCGCCCGGCGGUGGUCUAGCAGCCAAGCAAGCGCUCCUGGACAAGAUCUACAGGGAGUAUUACCCCGAACACGCGGAUAGCUCCGACACUUUCGACUGCCAGACGGAGCUGGCGGAUGCAUUCGGCGCAAACUGAGCGCCUCGCCCCUACCGCCCCCCACCAGUACCCCCCCCCCACUCUAGUGUACAGAUGAGCACUGCAUCGCACUAUUAGUACCCGCUCACUAGUCGAGCCAACACAAUCACAACACUAGUGUACUGAACACCGCAAGUACACGCCUACUAUGGAUGUAUUAGCCAUCUUCCAGCUCACUUGACAACUAGUGUUGUGACGUAUAUCGAUAUGUGCGUUACCUCUAACGCCAAAUAUCUCUAGAGUACUUUAUCAUCCCAAUGUCCAAUAGUUCAACAUAAAUUGUGCUCCAAAAUAAAUAAAAUAUUUUUCUUUGUAUAAAUAACUUUUUGUAAACAUUUGGGUGGUGAUAAUAAUGAAUAGGUCUCUCUACAAAAUGUAUUAAAAGCAUGAAAGAGAAAUAUUUUAGUGAAUAUAAAUGUACGGGUACUAGUGGGGGCGCGUUUCAUUUAGUUGAAAGUAAAUGAAGAAUUAAAUGGAAUUCCAAGUACCUGUCUGUAUCAAUUCUGUCAGCUAUAUCUGAUUGUAUAUACUAAACAUACGGGAUUCUGUUUCUUUCUUAGUUUAAACAAAAAGAUGUGUGAACAUCGUUGUGACAGGAGGGAAGAAAAAAUAAAAUUGUCUCUGGUCGUAAGUAUGCAUAUAAGAUAAAAUUUCUCAGUUGUCACUUUAGUCAUUUAUUUAAUAAUGGAAUGUCACUUUAGUUAUUUAUUCAAUAUAAGAAUGUCGCUAUGUUUAUUCUAAGAUUUAAAAGAUAUGAUUGUUGUGUAGGCACCUCUCCUGUCGUAACGAUGCAUUCUUUUUUAAGCAUAUCUUAAUUUCACUUCGACUAUGUCGAUUGUCUAUGGUUUUGAUCCCAAGGUUUGUACAAAAAAGUAAUGAAAAAGCUUUACGUGUCACUAGCCUGUCUGUAGAAAUGUUGUCUAUGGUAGGUGAAUAUCAACUAUGGCGGCAAUCCAUAGGCGAAGUCGCAACUCGCAGCCGUCAGACAAGUGUAAGUUUGUAAUACUCCACCCGCUGCCUUGUAUUUUGUUUUACCUUAAGUUUUUUGUGUACGUCCAUUUUGUUUUGUCGACGGCAAUUCCAUUGCAGUGGCAACCAUAGACACACAUCGCGUGGCACAAAUCUCGGUUUACGCCAAUCGUUUACCAAAUUGAUUUUAUAGUUUAAUGAUAAAUGUAUAGCAGAGCACGGAUUUCCCUUUAAUUUGGUCGCCUUACAUGUCAUUGAGUAGAUUAGUUUUUCUUUAUGUUUUCUUUUCUGUUAUGUCAUUGACUUCGUUCGUAAAUGUCAUAAUAUUAGAUGUGUAAUAUAGAUUCGAGUUAAAUAUAUAUUGAAAAUACAAACAGAAUUGUCUUAACAUGAUUUAUUGUAACCCCUUUUGUGUUGUCUAUGCCCGCCGAUGACAUCUGUGGACGAUAUUUCGGUCCGGGCAAUAUGCUUUAGCGAUAUUUUUUUUACGAAAGUUACAGAUAAAAAAGGCACUAGUUCAGCCAGGCCAGUUUAGAUUUAUUUGCUUUUUUCUCUUAAAUAUUCAAUCUUAUUGAUGUGCUUUUUAAUUUAAUAUUAAAAAAGUAACCUGUCACAUUUGAGUAAAUAUGGUUCUAAUGAGAAAUUUCAGUUGGUUUAUUUUUUUAAAAACAUGGCGUCUACAAGUCUCGAUAUUUGCUGUACAAAUGCCGAAAUUAAUAAAAAAAUUGUAAUAGCAAUGUUAGAAGUAUAUGCUUUUGUAAUAAAAGUAUAACUUUAACGUAACUAUGUUAUUCAUAGUAAGGAUACAUUGCUAGAAUGGCACGAAUUAAAAAUAUUCGACUGUCAUAUUUUUCCCGCCAUAUCUUUCUCGAAGUUCACCGAACUGUACAUAAUUGUUUUACAAAUUGGCCGUAUAGUCGCAAGUCCAAAUCUUGUUAUUAUACGUCAUAAAAUUUUAAGAUAUUUGCUUUAAACUAAUUGGGAAUUGAAAAAAAGGAAAGGUGUUUGUUAAAAAGUUAUUGGGAUUUUUAAAGUGAAUAAUAUAUUUUUAAGUUUUAUCACACUUCAAAAUUUAGAUUUGGGUUUUUGUUAAUUUUUAAUUAUUUACAACGACGUGCUUCAAAAUUGCUUGGUACUUAGAAAAAUAACAUAAUAAAUAAUUUGUUUAUUUUUAAAAUUGGCUCUAUGUGUCCUUUUCUAUUUUUCGAGUUUAGUAGUUUUAGGAUUGAUUACCUUGUUUCGUAUAUGUUACCGAAUUAAAAAAAAUACCGUGGUAAUAUAGAUUAAAAUU